AUGGUGGAUUGCAAACAUGCAAUUCAUCCUGCAUACCAGGAGGAGCAUCAAGCCCACAAGCAAAACACAGGUGAUACAAGCACAAUAGGCUACAAGUAUGAGCCAGAGCCCUUUGCAUUCAGAAGAGACAACUCCUGGCUUGGUGUGGUUUUGGAUCCAAAGAUAUGGAGACGAAAAGAGCAGAAGCCCUCUUCAAUGACAGUGCUGUUGUUCUGCUUUCAGUCUACUGUGUUAUUGCUGUUGCUUUUGACUAUGAGUGUUUUGCUCCUGAGGACUUCAAGGGCCCUGGGGCUGUCAGCUCUUCAGCGAUUCUGUGGGUUACGGCAGAAUAGAUCGGUCAAGUCAAUGGCAAAAUCAACAUCGUUGCGGAUAGUGGGCGGAUUGUCUUCUGCAGAGACCGGGGACUGGCCGUGGCAAGCUAGUUUGCAGUACAAUAAUAUCCAUCGCUGUGGUGCAACACUCAUCAGCAAUACGUGGCUUGUAUCUGCAGCUCACUGCUUCAGAGACAUGAAACACCCUCAGAAGUGGACUGCUACCUUUGGAGCCCUUUUGAAGCCACCAAGCUUGAAACGAUCAGUCAAGACUAUUAUUAUUCAUGAAGAGUACCGCUACCCAGAACAUGAUUACGACAUUGCCCUUGUGCAGCUCUCUCAGCGAGUUGAGUUUACGAGCAGCAUACACCGCGUUUGUCUGCCUGAGCCAUCUCAGACAUUUCCAUACAAUAUCCAUGCCGUCAUCACAGGCUGGGGAGCACUUACCAAUGAUGGUCCAACUCCAAAUGCUCUUCAGGAAGCAACAGUGAAACUUAUCGACUCAAAUACUUGCAACAGAGAAGAAGUGUACGAUGGGGACAUAACACCCAGGAUGUUGUGUGCUGGAUAUUUAGAAGGAGGAGUAGAUGCUUGUCAGGGGGACUCUGGGGGACCACUGGUUACUCCAGACGCUAGACUGAUGUGGUACCUCGUGGGAAUAGUGAGCUGGGGAGAUGAAUGUGCCAAACCAAACAAACCUGGAGUUUACACACGAGUCACUUAUUUCCGUGACUGGAUUACCUCAAAAACUGACAUCUAA